AUGCUAUUCUUUGUCUUGGCCUAUACUUCCAUCCGCCCAACCCUAAACCCUACUUGUCCCAAUCCGGCCUGUGCACCUUUAGUCUCUGUCGCCUGCCGUGACAUCAGCCAAUCGGACGCUGAGUCAUCCGCAUUACCCGCGGGCCAUUGGCGCACAGAAUACAGCCAAUCAGAGGCGAUGACGGGUCGAAGCGGCUUCAAACCUCGCCCAAACCUCAGCACUCCAAACUCUCGCUCAUCCCCCAAACUCCCCUCCUCCACCCCCGUCCAUCCAGCGACCGCGAUGUUCCUCCAACGCACCGCUUCCGCCAUCGCGAGGCGCUCGCCGGCCCGUGCUCUCACUCUCGCUCAGCGCCCCUUCUCUUCCUCGAUCGUGCGCCGCAACGAGAAGAAGUGGGCUGUUGAGAAGGAGGGCAAGAUCCUUUCCUUCGAUGAGAUCAAGACCGAAGACGAUCUGAUUCCCCCCGGUGCCAAGCCCGGUACCAUCCCUACCGACUACCUCCAGGCUACCGGUCUUGAGCGUCUCGAGCUCAUCGGUAAGAUGCAGGGCAUCGACAUCUUCGACAUGCGUCCUCUGGAUGCCUCCCGCAAGGGAACACUCGAGAACCCCAUCAUCGUCACCGGUGCCGGUGAUGAGCAGUACGCCGGUUGCACUGGCUACCCCGCCGACUCCCACCAGGUUAACUGGCUGACCGUCUCCCGCGAGCGCCCCAUCGAACGCUGCAACGAGUGCGGCAACGUCGUCAAGCUGAACUACGUCGGACCCGAGGAGGACCCCCACGCUCACCACGACCACGGCCACGGCCACCCCGCCCCCGAGGAGCCCAAGACCUUCGCCGACUACGUCAAGCCCGAGUACUGGUACCGGUAA